CCUCCGGAAAUAGGGAAUUUGAGGAGCUUGACUUAUCUCCAUUUGGAAGGAAACCAACUCGGUGGAUCUAUUCCUCCGGGAAUAGGGAAUUUGAGGAGCUUGACUUAUCUCGAUUUGGAAGGAAACCAACUCGGUGGAUCUAUUCCUCCGGAAAUAGGGAAUUUGAGGAGCUUGACUUAUCUCUAUUUGGAAGGAAACCAACUCGGUGGAUCUAUUCCUCUAGAAAUAGGGAAUUUGACGAGUUUGAAUUUUCUCGAUUUGGAAGGAAACCAACUCGGUGGAUCUAUUCCUCCGGAAAUAGGGAAUUUGACGAGCUUGACUUAUCUCUAUUUGGAAAGAAACCAACUCGGUGGAUCUAUUCCUCCAGAAAUAGGGAAUUUGAGGAGCUUGACUUAUCUCGAUUUGGAAGGAAACCAACUCGAUGGAUCUAUUCCUCUAGAAAUAGGGAAUUUGACGAGUUUGAAUUUUCUCGAUUUGGAAGGAAACCAACUCGGUGGAUCUAUUCCUCCGGAAAUAGGGAAUUUGAGGCGCUUGACUUAUCUCGAUUUGGAAGGAAACCAACUCGGUGGAUCUAUUCCUCCGGAAAUAGGGAAUUUGAGGAGCUUGACUUAUCUCUAUUUGCAAGGAAACCAACUCGGUGGAUCUAUUCCUCCGGAAAUAGGGAAUUUGAGGAGCUUGACUUAUCUCGAUUUGCAAGGAAACCAACUCGGUGGAUCUAUUCCUCCGGAAAUAGGGAAUUUGAGGAGCUUGACUUAUCUCGAUUUGGAAGGAAACCAACUCGGUGGAUCUAUUCCUCCGGAAAUAGGGAAUUUGAAGAGCUUGACUUAUCUCUAUUUGCAAGGAAACCAACUCGGUGGAUCUAUUCCUCCAGAAAUAGGGAAUUUGAGGAGCUUGAGUUAUCUCUAUUUGCAUGAAAACCAACUCGGUGGAUCUAUUCCUCCGGAAAUAGGGAAUUUGAGGAGCUUGAUUAAUCUCUAUUUGCAUGAAAACCAACUCGGUGGAUCUAUUCCUCCGGAAAUAGGGAAUUUGAGGAGCUUGAUUGAUCUCUAUUUGCAAGCAAACCAACUCGGUGGAUCUAUUCCUCCGGAAAUAGGGAAUUUGGGGAACUUGACUGAUCUCUAUUUGCAAGCAAACCAACUCAGUGGAUCUAUUCCUCCGGAAAUAGGGAAUUUGAGGAUCUUGUAUUAUCUCUAUUUGGGAGGAAACCAACUCAGUGGAUCUAUUCCUCCGGAAAUAGGGAAUUUGAGGUGCUUGACUAAUCUCAAUUUGGGAGAAAACCAACUCGAUGGAUCUAUUCCUCCGAAAAUAAGGAAUUUGAAGAGCUUGACUCAUCUCGAUUUGGGAGGAAACCAACUCGGGGGAUCUAUUCCUCUGAAAAUGGGGAAUUGGCCAAGCUUGACUCAUCUCUAUUUGCAAGCAAACAAACUCGGUGGAUCUAUUCCUCCGGAAAUGGGGUAUUUAACAAGCUUGACUCAUCUCUAUUUGCAAGAGAACAAACUUGGUGGAUCUAUUCCUUCGGAAAUAGGGAAUUUGACUAGUUUGAUUCAUCUUUAUUUGCAAGGAAACAAACUCGGUGGAUCUAUUCCUCCGAAAAUUGGGAAUUUGAUGAGCUUGACUCAUCUCAAUUUUCAAGGAAACAAACUCGGUGGAUCUAUUCCUCCAGAAAUAGGGAAUUUAACGAGUUUGAUUAAUCUCUAUUUGCAAGGAAACCAACUCAGUGGAUGUAUUCCGUCACAAAUAGGCAAAUUGGAGAGCUUGAUUGAGCUGAAUUUACGGGAAAAUAGAAUUGAUUGUGCCAUCCCAUUAGAAAUGGGAGAUUUAUGGAAUCUCCAACAGCUAGAUUUGAGCUUGAACAACUUGGUCGGGCAAAUCCCUAUUAAACUUAAUAAACUGAGCCAGUUAAAAGAUCUCGAUCUUCACAACAAUUCUCUUUCUGGCUCAAUAUUCAUAUUUAAAAUAUUUUAUCACUUAAAUCACCUCAACUUAUCAUAUAAUUGUCUCGAGGCCCCAAUUCCAGAUAAUUUGAGGGUUGUUUUUCCUAACGCUUUUCUAGGCAAUGAAGAUUUGAACCAGUUUCACGAAACCCAAGACCCUAGAAGAAGGUCUAGCGUAAUUCAUUUUAUGACGGUGUUCAUUCCGCUAGCUGCAAUUUGCUGUAUAGUGGUCAGAUCUGGCUUUCUAUUUCGACGUGCAACAAAGACAAAGCAACCAGAGACUAUAGAGAAAAAUGGAAAUUUCUUGUCAAUAUGGAAUUAUGAUGGGAGGAUUGCGUAUGAAGACAUAAUUGAUGCAACAGAGGACUUCGAUCUCAAAUAUUGCAUCGGGACUGGCGGCUAUGGUAGCGUCUAUAGAGCGCGAUUGCCCAAUGGGAAAGUUGUGGCAUUGAAGAAACUUCACCGUUUUGAAGCAGAGGACCCGUCCUUCGACAAGAGCUUUCAGAAUGAAGUGAAACACUUAACAGAAAUAAGGCAUAGAAGCAUAAUCAAGCUCCAUGGUUUUUGCUUACACAAGCGAUGCAUGUUCUUAGUGUACGAAUACAUGAAAAAUGGGAGUCUGUUUGGUGUUUUGAGAGAUGAUGUCGAAGCGGUGGAAUUAGAUUGGUCCAAAAGAGUCGAUCUUGUCCGGGAUACGGCACAUGCUUUGUCUUACAUGCACCAUGAUUGUGCUCAGCCAAUUGUUCAUCGAGACAUAUCUAGCAAUAACAUCUUACUUAACAGUAAAAUGCAGGCUUUUGUAUCAGAUUUUGGCACUGCAAGACUUCUAGAUCAUGGUUUCUCAUCUAACUUCACUACAAAUAUCGCGGGCACCUAUGGAUACAUUGCACCAGAGCUCGCGUAUACUUUGGUCGUUAAUGAGAAAUGCGACGUAUAUAGUUUUGGAGUGGUAGCAAUGGAAACAAUGAUGGGUGAGCAUCCAGGAGAUAUUGUAUCUAUCUUGUUGACAUCCUCUGGAGAAGAUAUCAUGCUACAUAAAAUUCUAGACCGGCGGUUGCCUUUUCCAAGAGAGAACUCUAUUGCAAGAAGUAUUGUUUUGAUCGUUUCUCUAGCGCUUGCUUGCUUGAGUGCUAAUCCAAAGUCUCGACCAACUAUGAAGCAAGUCUCAGAAGCUUUUCUAGCUCGAAAGUCACCAUUGGCGAAGCCCUUCCAUGAGAUCUCAUUGGCUCAGCUCCGAUAUGUUAAUAGAUCAUGGUUGGAAGGUGAAUCAACAGAAGCUUCAUCAGGACAGAGCGAGGAGUAAGGGUCAUUAAGUGCUUGUCUAGUAAAGAGAUAAUUGAUAAUGAAGCUGCA